AUGGCAGAAGGGUUUCUCUUAUCUCUUCGCCCUUUCAUUACUCCCAUUUUCACUCUACUGUUGUUGUGGAUGAACCCACCAUUACCAUCAUCUGCAACGUCGUCUUUUAACGUGUUGAGCUUCGGCGCCAAACCCGAUGGUAAAACAGACUCAACUCCAGCUUUCACGGCGGUAUGGGAGGCGGUGAUAUACGUCCCCAAAGGAAGGUACUUGCUGGGGCCUCUGGAGUUUACACGAGACAAAUGCAAAACCAAUGACAUCACUUUUAGAAUUGAUGGCACGCUGGUCGCUCCACCAGAUUACCGCCUGCUUCUUCAGUCUGAAACUUGGCUCAGCUUCCAUCAGGUUACCGGCGUUUCAAUCGUCGGCGGAAAAUUCGACGCUAAAGGCUCCGACUUGUGGGCUUGCAAAACUGCACGAGGCAACUGCUACGAUCAGGGAGCCACGACUUUGAGCUUCACAAACUCCAAGAACAUUAGAAUGAAAGGAGUACUGUCAUUGAACAGCCAAAUGUUCCACAUUGUGAUUAAUCGAUGCGAGAACGUGAAAGUGGAAGAAGUGAAAAUCAUAGCUGCGGCGAACAGCCCAAAUACCGACGGCAUUCACGUCCAACAAUCAAAAAAUGUAAUCAUCUUCAACGCUUCCAUCAAAACCGGUGAUGACUGCAUCUCCAUGGGCCCUGGUGCCAACAGCUUGUGGAUUGAGCGAGUCACCUGUGGCCCUGGACAUGGUAUUAGCAUAGGCAGCUUGGCGAAAUAUGCAGAAGAGGAAGGAGUAGAGAAUGUAACAGUGAAGGGAACAGUUUUUGCGGGCACUACAAAUGGGCUGAGAAUUAAGUCAUGGGCCAGGCCCAGCACUGGUUUUGUAAGAGGAAUCCGUUUUACAGAUGCUAGGAUGCAAUACGUCAAAAACCCUAUUAUCAUCGAUCAAAAUUACUGUCCUCAUUACCUAAAUUGUCCCAAACAGGGAUCAAAUGUAAAAAUCAGAGAUAUAACAUACAAAAAUAUUCGAGGAAUAUCAACAACGCCAUUAGCUGUAACAUUUAAUUGCAGUCCGAGUUCUCCAUGUACAGGGAUAAGAAUGCAGAAUAUUAAUUAUCAGAUGGCUGAAUCAUCAUGUGCAAAUCUAAAUGAAAAAAUAUUUGGAUUAGUUCUACUGAUUGUUAAUUGUUUAUGA